AUGUUCGAAUCGAUUCUUCUCGCACACAUUUAUCUAAACCCUAGGCGCCAUUGUUCCCUCGUAUCUGGCAGAUGGUUACUCGUCGAAGGCGUGAGUCGCUACCGUCUAGAUCUAAACUCCCAAUCUGAUCUCCUGCCUCUUAUUCAGUCAAUUUUCCAACAGUUAGACUCCCAACAACCACAGUAUAAUCAACUAUCUUGCAUUGUACCGCCAAAAUCUUCUUCAGAAAACGGUCGGAUCCCGUUCCCAAUGUCUCCACACACCCUGACUUUGUGUUAGGAUUCUAGAUUAAUAGUUCAAUGGCGUGUAUGGGGAGAGUUUCCUGAUAGGAUUGAUCAGGAUGAACCUCCAAGUUAUGAACCAAUUUGGCCUCAGGUUAUCCCAAUCCUCAUCACUAUCUGCAACCGGUUGUGGCUGGGUCACACCUACAUAUUUGCACUCUUCGCAUAACCAAUCGUGUUUUGGUACUUCAUCUAUAAUGUUCUUCAUACAAUAUGUGUGUUCAGCGCCAUCCAUGCAUCUACUACAUAUAGCAAGUAAAUGCUCAUAGCCUAUAUCUCCACAUAUAUCACAUACAAUUACAUCUACUACCAUUAUAGAUGCUGCAAAAUCUAUCAAAGAUGAAAAACAAACGAAAGCGGUGCAAAUCCAGAUGUGGUAAGUGGUAACCUACAAUACACACUUAUGAAGGAUUUGCUAAGGGAAAAGAAGUUCAACAAGACAAUCAGUCAAACUGGUCCAUUCAGAAUCCAGGUGACUUGCACUCAAUGUGGUGGAAGUGGUAAAUAUGUCACGGAACUUCAGUUGGAUUGUUGGCUGCUUCGGGACCUAUAAACACACAUACACUCCAUUAAAACACACCAUCAAAGAGAGAGUUAAAGUGAUUUCGGUUAUGUAUGCA